CUAAAACAAACAAUAGAGCUACGUCGAAAUCAUAUAUCAGUUCACGAUCUAGUGAAAGUUAUAAAAAUAAUAAGUACACUCGAAGACAUUGCACUGCUGCGUUAUUUAGCUUUUAGAGUAAUCAUUAAAAUAAAUAAGAAGUUUCUUAUAAAUAUUACUAAAGAUAUAUUUUUUUUUUACUCAAGCAUUGUUCUUUUUUUUUCAGAUGAAUCCCCGAUCGAGAUGUCGGAUACCGGUGGAGCAGUAGUGUCCCGAGCAUCGACACCUCGGCCGGUUACAGAACCUCCCGUAAAUACUCCACUUAGAUCACGACAUGACCAAUUUCUUGCAAGUUCAGCUGAAAGAGUUCAGCAAAGACCUUCUUCAAGUGGUAGAAAUCCCAAUAGUAAUUUCGACUCCCCUCCUCUGCCCUAUCAUAGACAAAUAAACACUGGUACUUUACUCACUUCUACACAUCGUGAAUCAUCAGCUUUUGUUCCUGUUGUUCCAACGAGGUCUAUGCAUCCAGUUAUAUAUACCAAUGAAAUGCAUCCUGCUUUAAUUCCCUCAGAUAUUAUGGAUCGGGAAAGAAUGAUGGAAAGAGAUAGAACGGAACCAACAAAAAGUUCACCAGACAGAACUUCCGGUAACUUCCAGAAGAGAAAUUCUUUUGAUCUUAUGGCAAUGAUGGUAGAGAAGCGUAAAGAAGUAGCUUUAAGAGAAGCAGCAGCUGCGAUGCUUCUUCCUCAUCACAGAACAUCGUCAAUGGAUGGAAUGAUGUCUGAUGGUUCCUCCCAACCUCCUAUUUAUGGUCCACCGGGCGCAUUCCUUGGAGCGCCUGGUCCGUCCCCGACCACUCCUGGGAGUUUCACUUUUCCUGGAGCUGGUUUAUUUCCGCCUGGAGCAGGCCCUCAUCAAAUACAUCCUCACUUAGAUAGAAGACUUUUACGAGCACCGGGAAGAGCUUCAAGACCUAAAAAGCAAUUCAUAUGUAAAUUCUGCAAUAGACAGUUUACAAAAUCUUACAAUCUGCUCAUCCACGAAAGGACGCACACUGAUGAACGUCCGUACUCUUGCGAUAUCUGCGGGAAAGCAUUCCGAAGACAAGACCAUUUACGAGACCACAGGUACAUUCACUCAAAAGAAAAGCCGUUCAAAUGCACAGAAUGUGGAAAAGGGUUCUGUCAGUCCAGGACUCUAGCGGUUCACAAAAUCCUUCACAUGGAAGAGUCUCCACAUAAAUGUCCAGUUUGCAGCCGAAGUUUUAACCAACGAUCCAAUCUUAAAACUCACUUACUAACACACACAGAUCAUAAGCCCUAUAACUGUAACUCGUGCGGCAAAGUUUUCAGAAGGAAUUGUGAUUUAAGACGACACGCAUUAACUCAUUCAGUUGGUGAUGUACCACCUGGUGAUGUAUUAGAUGUUGGCGAAGAAGAUAUCGGUAGACCCGGAUCCCCUAUUGAGCCAGGCUAUGACGACGAAGACCCUGACAUUUCAUCUCCGGAACAUUCGCCAGUUCGCCGAGCACGAUCCUCGUCUAUAGAAAGCAUUGGCCGAGAACAAAGUGAAGAAAGACCACGAAGAACUUCACCUUCACCUGUAGAGCGUACACAUUGUCAUCAUAAUGAUAACAGAGACAGAGCAAGUCCAUACACAAUGCGUCCCCAACAUACAGAUAAACAUCGGAUGCCUUCCGAUUUAUACGAAAAACGACGUUACACGUCCGAAGAAAUAAUUGAAAAAGAAAUGCGCUAUUCAGAGAUACCGGAACCACAAAUGAGACAUCCUCAGUUGCAAAUUCGAAGAGACUUGCAUCAAAUUCCACCACCUGAUCAUUCUAAGUUAGGUCAAAUGGCGAGUCCACCUAUUGAGCCUGGGCCAUCCAGUGUUUAUUUGACCCCAUAUAGAAAGAGAAGUCAUCCGCCUGAUAUCGGAGAUAACAUUAGAACCUGUGCUACAAUAUACAGAAGUAGGUCUCCUGAACCUACGAAUCUGACAAUGCCUCGUCAGCCACUAGGAAAUAGUGAUGUUGUAGUCGGGUUACCACCUACUAUUAUGGGAAUACCUUCCUAUCAUAAAUUUGGCUUGCCUUUACCACCACCUCAUCCACAGAUAGCUUACGGAUCUGUUCCCCAUGCUAUGUUAGGACCGCAGCAGACUGUUGCACAAGAUUUGAUUGUGAAACAUGCUCCACCUAAAGAUACAGCUCCAAUUGCUUCAACGAGUGUUACAAACUGUAAAGAAAGUCCUCAAAAUAAAGACCACGAGGAAAAUAAUUCCAUUUAUAUUGCUAAUGGAAUUAAGAAUAUUGUCGGUAUACAACCUAAUGCUAAUCCUAAGCCUGGAAGCAGUCACACAAGUGGCCCGAAGAAAGGAUUUAGUAUAGAAGACAUAAUGCGACGUUAGAGACAAAUGAAGAAUUGUUAAAUGAACAUUGUAUUUAGGUUUUAUUUAAAAUAAGAUGAUUUAUUUGUCUUAUUAUUAACAUAAUUAGUUGCUAUAAUUAUUAAUCCUUUUCGAGAAGUAUUAUUAGUAAAGUAUUCAUAAAAUGUCAUGUAGAAUUUUUAGAGGUAUGAUUGUAUGUAUUCGCAAUGUGGAUUUGGUUUUCGUAAAGAUCUCAUAAGGUUUGUUUGUGCAGUGUUUUGUUUACCUCCAAAUUUUAAAAGAACUAGUUUAUCAAAAUUUUAGACUUUUUAUUUUUAUUUCCUUUGUUAUUGUUGGAUAUGAAUGUAAUUUAAACAAAACAGUUUGACUUCUAUUGAAAUCCAUCAGUGCUGAUAUUUUGAAAAGGUUUAGAAUAGUAAUAGACUGUUUCAUAAAUGUAUCGACUGUUAUUUAUUAUUUAGUUAUUUUGAUAUUUUUGCAAUAAAUAUUAUUAAUUUUCUAGUUUUAUGUAUCUGAAUUCUUAAGUCGUGAUUUAGUAUUAUUAAUGAGAAUGUACUUUUAUGUAAAUAGAGUUUUAUACAUUGUGACAAUUGAUAAAAAUAAUUUUUACCUAUAAGAAUAAUUUGAGUUGUUAAUUUAUAUUGCCGAUGAAAGUUUCAAUUUGCAAUAGUUUACAAAAUGUAAUUUGGUAAUGAUAUAUAAUAUUUUGAUACAGAAUAUGUUCUUGUAAUUAUAAAACUGUGAACAUUAGGUUAAGGUAUAAAAAGGAAAAUUAUGUUGUCUUUAUCAGUUUUGCUCAUUUAUAUUAAGUGAACUUUAAUGUUCAACAUUUUUAUAAUAAAUUAUAAUGAGAAUUCGAAGACUUUUAUUGUGUAUUUAUUUAUUGUGUGCAAAUUAAUUCCAUCAAAUGUGAUUGCCGUAUAUAAUUAGUU